AUGGGCCUAACUACUCUUUGUUACUGUAUUUUUUGCCUUAUAUUUCUAACAGCAGGUGAAUUGCAGCAAACACUGGAAGCAUUUGUCGCAAUAGCAGCAGUGAGCCAGUUUCUGUAUCUGGUGCUUUUGCAUUCUGGCAUGUUCAACAGCAGAUAUGGACCAGCCUACCGCAGCUAUGACUAUGAGGCUCCAGGCGACACUGGUAUGGCACAUGAACCCGGGAGGUCGGGCACUGCAGCUGAAUAUGAAACUAUAACAAAUGAACCUGCGAGGUUUGGCAUUGCAUCUGAAUAUGAAGCCACUGGAAUGACACAUGAACCUGAUGAGAGGUUUGACGCUGAAUAUGAAGCCACAGGCAUAACACAUGAACCUGAUAGUUCUGGUACUGCAGCUGUAGUCUACAAGUAG